GCGAGGAAGCAGUGGCCGCACGGGUCGCUGAGGCUGCGGCUGCACCUCGACCCCUGUUGCUCCUGUCCGUCUGUUCUUCUGUCCGUCCGCCACACAGCUAUGGCUGCGCGUGUCCCCACGCCACGGAUCCUGCUGCUGCUGCUGCUGCUCCCGCCGCCACCAGGUGCCCACAGCGAAGUGUGUAUGGCUUCCCGUGGACGCAUCCUCUUCCCUGAGUCCUGUCCUGAUUUCUGCUGUGGCACCUGUCACAAACAAUACUGCUGCUCUGAUGUGCUGAAGAAAUUUGUGUGGAAUGAGGAAAAGUGUGCUGUGCCUGAGGCCAGUGUGUCCACUGAUAAAGAGCCGCUGGAGCAGCUGGGCUCGGCGCUGAGGUUUCGUUCCAGCUUGGACAGUGACCCCAUGUCAGGGUUUGGGGCAACCGUAGCCAUCGGCUUGACCAUCUUUGUGCUCUCUGUCGUCACCGUCAUCAUCUGUUUCACCUGCUCCUGCUGCUAUCUCUACAAGAUGUGCUGCCGGCCACGUCCGGUCGUGACCACCACCACGGCCACCACCGUGGUACACACCCCUUACCCUCAGCCUCCAAGUGUGCCACCCAGCUACCCUGGACCGAUGUACCAGGGCUAUCACCCCAUGUCCCCACAGCCAGGGAUGCCAGCGGCACCCUACCCAACGCAGUACCCGCCACCUUACCCUGCCCAGCCCCUGGGCCCCCCAGCUUACCAUGAGACAUUGGCCGGAGGUGCGGCCGUGCCCUACCCUGCCAGCCAGCCUCCUUACAACCCGGCCUACAUGGACCCCCCGAAGGCAGCCCCCUGAGCAGGUCCCUGCAUCUCUGGCUGCCACCGUGUGUGUGUGUGUGUGUGUGUGUGUGUGUGUGUGUGUGUGUGUGUGCGCGCGUGCGUGCGUGUGUGUGUGUGUACACGGCAUGGUCCUUUUCUCCCCGUGCGUGGUGUGUGGUUCCUUUUUGUACAUGACACUUCUUGUGAUGCUGACGUGGUGGGGAGCAGUCCUUGACAGAGUUGCUGGGACCCUGCUUUGUUCUCUUCCUCACUUGAAAUCGUGCUCUUUUGAAAUCUCAUGCAAAAUUCAAAGGCUGGGGUGAGUUUUCCCAUGCCACCCCGGGGAGACCAGGCGGGGCUUGUCAUGCUAGGCUAGACAGCUUUCUGUGGGCAGGGUGUAUAUACAUCCCGGUUUCAGUGGAGCGGCUAGCCACUGCUUGAGGCCAUGGCCUGUGCCCAGGGUAUGGGGGACUCUUCAGAAAACCAAGGCUAUGAUGCAGGCCUGUGGGUGAGGCUUGGGACCUGGCCAAGUUGGGUUUUAAUCCUUUCAGCAGAUGUCCCCUAGUCCCCAGAUCCUGUGUCAUGCCCAGUGAAGGGCUGGAGCCUCCUGAGAUCAAAACACUUCAAGUAGAUCCCCACCUGCCCCCGACUGCUGUCUGCCUGGACGGUCCCUGCAUCCUCCCCGGCACCGCCCAGAGGGCCAUGUCCACGCCAGUUCCAGCUGUCCUGGCUGGCUGUGACCCCCACCAUGGGUAGGCAGGGUAGCCUCUGUCCACCGACACACUCAGGUGUCCUCCCUGCAGUGUUUUUAUUUCCUUUUUAGCCAAACAUUUUGCCUGUUUUCUGUUUCAAAGUGUGUAUGAUAGUUGUUGUGAGGCUGAAACCCCUGAGUCCUGGAGGAAAACUGGCCCACAGAGAGACGGUCUGACCUCCGAUAGUCCCUGCUUCUCCUGUCACCAGCUUCAUGGAACAUCCAGCUCCCGUUCCCAGGUCCACAGUGUGUCUUGGCACCUGGGACACCUGGGCCAAGGGGCCAUCUGGACCACAGGUGUGGGGGGCCUAGGUGGCUGCUCUGGCCCAGACAUGAAUACCUCGGUGUUCCCUGUCCAGAUCUGUCUUAGCUUUGUGCCUGUUAAUGUGCUUGAGAGCCUAGGGUCUGCACCUUUGUUUAUAAUAAAUGCAAACAUUUGGG